UUCGGAAACGUAAAGCUCAGUUUUUAUUUGCUUCAUUUCGUUUUUUUCACACGCUGAGCAAACACCAUGUCUGAGUCUACCAGCGACUUUCGCCCAACUCCGUCUGGCAACAAGCGAUGGCUGCCCCUCGAGUCCAACCCCGAAGUUAUGAACAAGUUUGUCUGGUCGCUGGGCCUGCCGCGAAAGUGGGGCUUCACGGACGUCUACGGCCUCGAUGCAGACCUCCUCGCAAUGGUCCCGCAGCCCGUCGUGGCAGUCAUGAUGCUCUUCCCUGUCACCAAGCCACACGAAGACCACCGCGUCGCAGAGGACGAGCGCAUCCAGGCAGAAGGGCAAACACUCAGCCCCAAUGUCUACCAUCUGAAGCAGACCAUUGCAAACGCCUGUGGCACUGUUGGCGUGCUUCAUGCUGUUGCAAACAACAAGGACCGAUUGGAACUCCCGGAGGACUGCUAUCUGCGCAGGUUUGUGGAGAACGGCUCCGCCAAGACGUCAGAGGAGCGCGGUGAGCAGCUCGAGGUCAGCGAAGAGGUGACCAAUGUGCACGAAGAGUGUGCCAACGAGGGCCAGACUGAGACACCCUCGCUUGACGAUGACACCUUUUUGCACUUUGUGUGCUUGAUCGAGCGUGAUGGCUUCCUGUACGAGCUGGAUGGCCGCAAGUCCUUCCCGAUCAACCACGGCCCGUCCAGCCAGCAAACCCUGCUCGAAGACGCCGCCAAGGUCGUCCAAAAGUUCAUGGAUCGCGACACUUCCCAGGUGCAGUUCAACAUGAUUGCCUUGACCGAGUUGCCUCAGGACGCCGAGUGAUGUUUGCUGGUGCUUUUGUUUUUCUGUUCUUUUUUUUUUUUUUUCCCUUUGUGAUGUUGCUUGUUUCCACCUGUGUGUAAAGCUUUGUUGUGUUGAAUGUCAAUUGAACAAAUCAGCUAUCUUUCAACGUUUUCUUCUUUUUUUUGUUUGAAAAUAAGAGUCAAUGGCAUCCAGA